CUGAUACAAUUGAACAAAAAAGUGGUCAAUUGGAUUUGGUCAUAGACUAAAUACUAUAUUGUGGUAGGUAGUAUCGAUUUCCGUGAUUCCUGUGGGAAAUAAAUAAUGUCUAUUCCGUAUAGCGGUACAAUUAGAAGAUCCAAAGGUGUUGUUUCAGCCAUUGGAAAACAACUAAAAGCAGUUAAUUUAAAGGCUGCUAAAAAAAUUACCAUAAAAUUUGAUCCAUUUGGAGAAAACGCAACUCACACAAGGAAUUUUGCUCAUUACAUCAGUGCACCUAAAAUAGCAAUCACAAAUCCCAAUUGCUCUGUGAAGACCGAAGUGUUGUGUGACAGGAGUGAGCCAACAGUAGAAAUAACACUCUUGCCUGCAAUUGCAGCAACUGCAAAAAUACAGAAAGUGACUUUAAGAAGUGAGAAUCUUACUUGUCUUGAAAUUCUCCAAUUAUUGAAUAAGCACAUUUCUUCUUUAGCACCUGUAGAACUACCACCAACUACACUACAAACUAAGUCAGAUAAAAAGAAGACAAAAACAAAAUAAAAGCAGAGAUGGCAAAACCUAAAGGAAACCUAGAUGUCAUUGAAGAAAUAUAUCGUCAAAUACCAGCAUUUACUGAUGUAUUCUCAGAAGACACAUUUUAUGUUUUUGUUACGUUUUUUGUGUUGUCUACAAUUUUAGUUGCCUUUGUUUUGUCCAGGUUCAUUACCAUAAAACCUGUAGAAUAGAUUGUAACCUUUAAAUUAAAGUAUAAUGAUUUAUUAAAAAA